AUGGCCUCGCGAUUCCCUCCAAGGGACCGCUCACCCCAUCGAUAUAGUGAUCGUCGCUCCCUUACAUCUGGGCCUCGCGGGGGAGAUGACGCCAAUUCUAUCCCGCUUGGCCGGGAGCCGCCCAGGGGCCCGAAAGCUCUAAUCGACUCGUCAAGAGCAGGACCCUUCACGCCGGCAGGACCCAGAGGAAGGGGAACGUCUAGUAGGACGGACUACCGAGACCGUGAUUCUCGCGAUUCACGGGAUUCAAGAGAUGGCCCCACUUCGUUCAGACGGGACUCCGACCGUGAAUGGUCGCGCAGAGACCGGAACUUCGAUUCAAGGGAUUCUCGUCCGUCAUUCAACCGCGGUCGAUCCAGGUCGCCUCCACUGAGAGAUUUUCGUGAUUCGGCACCCCGGGAUCUUGACUUGCCAAGGUUGUCACGGCCUAGUCGAGAUGGGCCUUCAGGGCCACUGCUAUCGGAUCUUUCACCUGUCCGUGGUGGGUCGGUACGUGGUCGUGGCCGUGGCGAACGUGAGAGAGGACGAGGCAGGGGGUUUGCAGAUGAUCGUGAUUUGUUUCGAAGAAGGAGUCUGUCUCGAGACGCUUGGAGGGACCGUGAUUCCCGUUUUGAACGCGACAGAGACCGAGACCGGGAUCGGGACCGUGAAAGAGAUAGAGAAAAUAGAGAAAAUAGAGAAAGAGAUGAACGACGUGACAGAUUUGAGAGACGAGGAGAUGACUCACGUUCAGAAAGGGACGAGAGGGAUAGACUUUCUGACCGACUGGAACGCUCUGAUACUUGGAAGAAAGACCGGAUUCCCAGCAGGAUAGAGCCCAGAGGUUCCUCUGUAGCGGCCACAAUAUCCCCGUCCACCAUCUCGCCACGGUCGUCUGCUACACAACUAGUUUCUUCAAAGGAUGAGCCUUCCGAUGCUUCACAAAAAGCUCCUAUUGCCCCAGCAUCGCUUCCCAAAGAACAAAAUAAAGUUUCCAGCAAGCAGGAUAGCUCUUCAGUCCGUCAGGAAAGUUCUACGGACCGACCAAUAACUCACUUCCCACAUCAGUCAGCAUUCACAGAGGUUCCUGCCUUUGGCUCGUUUACGGGAAGUCCUCGCCCAGCUGCCGCAAGCGUUACAGCCCAGCCUUCAGCACCAGGUACAACGCCUUCCCGAGGCCGGACACCAUCUGCAUCAACACCUGCUGUUGCUCCUGCAGCUCAGAAUGAUGGCUUUGGUGCAUCGUCCGUUCGCCCACCUACGUGCCCUCGUGCUGAUAGGGCGGAUAAUCAGCAGGCCCCUGACGUUCGUAACAAGGGCGAACUGUCAAUACGGCCAGGUCGACCGCCGCCUACAUCUCCAAACGUUCCCCCUACUCCGUCGCUUGAUCGCAGGGAAAUCACUCCCUCUACUCUUGACAGCCAUGGCGAAGAACGAUCGCCGGGACUGUCGGCGCAGACCUCUGGUCCCAUGUCUCCAGCCAUAGGCCCUUCGAUUCUCCCCCCACUUGCGAUUUCUCGAGCGCCGUCUGACAUCAGUGGUUCACCUGUAACACAGCGGCGGCCAUCAAACACCCAGACUUCACCGCGUAUGCCAUUUUCAAACAUACCAACUGGGCCAAGGGCGCUGCAAAGGCCCGUUGCCCCACGCGCCAAUGCCAAAGGAAGCAAUCAAUGGGUCCGACCGGGGUACGGCAAUCGAGGACAGCCGGCUAUUACCUCCGGCUCCCCCACUAAACGUGAUAGCCACCCUGAUGAGAAGGACGCAACAGUGCCAGGCUCUAUCGAGUCGCGCAGGGAGGACGAUCAACAUGAUGAAAAAUCUGGCUUAAUUGGAGCAGUCAGUUCAGAAAAAGGGAUACAAAAGGCAGAAGAUGAUGCCAUACUUGAUCCCGAUACUGGGAGUGUAAAUAUGAGAAAAGCGUCUCCAGACCCCCAAGACAAAAAUGAAUUUCGUCGACUCAGGGAUGACAGUAUGCUAUUACCUAUGCUACUUGCUGAAUCUAGUGGUGAAGUGUCAGACGACGAGGAUGACCUGGAUGAAGAGGACUUCAACCAAGGCGAGCAACGAUUCGAGAAGGAGAUGCAGGCACUGGCUGCAGAAAUACCGCCUCCUCCACUUGAGGACCCUGUGGUUGUUGGCCUGUUGCUAAAAAUACAAAUGCUCGGUAUGAUUGCCGAAGGUGCCAUCCCAGCAUCGUUGGACGAGCCGGGUGCAGCCAUUGAAAUCGAGACAUCAGAUGGCCCUCCGACUCUUCUCCCGCUUCCCAGUAAAGAGGCGAAUGAUGUUGAACUUCCUGAUGCUCCAGCAGCGGCCGAUGAUUCUAUGGCUGACGUGCCAAAGCUGGAAAAUCUUCCCUUUUUGAGCGCCGGGCCACCGACACCGUUUUCUGAUAUGGACAGUUAUCAGGAGAAUCUUCGAUCGCAUGAGCGACUGAAGAAUACGAUUCGCGAUGAGAUGAAGAGUCAGCGCAAAGAAAUAUCUAAAUACCAUGCCGACUUGCGUGAACAGUACCGUGCAUAUUACCGGCCCUGGAGACUGGCGGUUGAUGCGAUGGACCGGAAGAAAGCCGCAGAAGAAAAGAAAGCGGUCACUCCGGUCCCAGCCACGCCUCCAAGUACAGCCGCGUCAGCUGCAGCAAAUCCAAUCCUUGAGGGGCGGAGGGGGUACCGAAUGAACAGCGAAUUAGACUUUCAACUUGCAUUAAAGGCAUCCACCAUCACUGCCGAAGAGGAGAAUGCACGUCGCAGGGAUCAAGAACCUACAGCACGACCUGACUUGUCUCGAGAAGCACCAAUUCCAGACAUGCUCGACCCGGUCCAAAAAGAAAAGUUGAUAUUUCAAGAUACGAAUCAGGUGGUUGAUCCAGCAAUGGCAUUCGAAGUCUUCUCGUUCAAUCUUCCUCCUGAUGACUUUACGCCUGACGAACAUAAAAUCUUCACUGACACAUUUAUGUCCCAUCCAAAAAAAUGGGGUAAGAUUGCUCAAGCCAUUCCAGGCCGGACUUUCCAACAGUGUAUCAAUCACUACUACCUAACGAAGGAUGAGAUGAAAUACAAGGCCAAGCUGAAUAAAAGAUAUGUUCGAAAGCGAGGAAAGAAACCUGUUUCGAGGCCACCCAGGUCCAAUGCUCUUAUGGCUGAUCUUGGGGUUGUUCGGCCCCUCUACGAGGGCGAUGACGCUGGAGAAUCAACUCCUGCUGUCACAGAUACAGGACGGCCAAGACGAGCGGCAGCACCCACUUUUGGGGACAACGCCGCUGAUACAGAGACCAGCACGCCAACACCAACCUCGGGCAAGCGAAAUAAUGGAAAGGACGGGACUGAUCAAUCAGCCGAGAAACCUGCAAGACGCGGUGGCAGGGGUGGAAAUCGUGGAGGACGGCGAACUAGAACUCAGAAUAUGAACCACACCCCUAUUGCCGCUGCUCCUCCAAAAACAGCCCCCGAGCCUAUUAUUGAAAGUGCUGCAGAGACGAUCGUCCUAAAACCGAAAGAUGAACCUGAAAAAGUGGCGGCUGAGACUGCUCCCUUGAGGGCCAAAUCUAGUAGAUCGCGCACAAAGGAAGUCAAAGAGACCCCGCCCGCCACCUCAGAGCCACCAGAAGGAGACUCGAUGUCGAGAUUGCCAGAGCCCGGUGGCUACGGUUCCCAGCAGCCUACAAGCUACUGGUCUGUGCCGGAACAGCGAGAUUUUCCUGACCUUGUGGCACAUUUUGGUCGAGAUUUUGAAGGCAUAUCGCAGUUUAUGAAGACGAAAACCCCAACUAUGGUUCGAAACUACUUCCAGCGAGCCAUUGACCAGGGCAAGAGUGAGCUUGAGGAUCUGGCCCUGGCCGCUGAAGCCAAAAAGCAGAAGGGGGAGCCAACGGGGCCUCUACCUGUACCAAGCCAGCCUACCAAGCGGCGGUACGAUGCCAUUCCCUCUGUUGUUGGGCCACGACCUCUAGCUCCCAACACGGAGAAUGAGCUAGGAGACAGGAUGACCAGCACGAAAUCCAAACCAGGAGUUAUUCCACUAGCAGCAGCGCCGCCUGCUAUUCAGCCUCGCCAGCCAGUAGAGAAAGGACAACCUCAGCAGACAUUCUAUCCUGGACCACAUGUAGGCGGGCCUCAGAUAAUGCCUGUAUCCUCUACUGAAGAUCCUCAACAGCGUGGACGUGUCCAGAACCAGCGUCAACAUGGUCCUCGUCUUGGCUACUUUUCUGAAUCUCGCUCCGAAAUCAGACCUGCUCCUGCACAGGUGAAUAUCCCAGGUGGUCCUUUGCAAGAGAUGGAGCUAAAACGGCAACAAUCGCAAUCUAUUGCCUCUCUUCCACCAGGUAUGCAUCCUCAGGGUAUCAGUCGACACAAUGUCCCGCCUGAUGGCCCAGAUGUUGUCUAUCAACAAGUGCCCCAGUCGUCUCCAUUUUCGCAGCCUUCAUACCUCCAGCCGCGCUCGAAUGUGCCACCUGCGACUAUGUCCCAGCCCCAUUCGCGACGUCCCAGUAGGGGUGUUCCGUCAACUGCAGCGUCGCCUCAACCCACACCGAGAAUGGAACCUAAUCUGUCAUCUGCCGAUAUGCUUGGCCAGUCCAAGAUCAUGUACAGACAACCCUCGCAAUAUAUGGACAUCAAUCGCCUGACUCCGUCGGGUUCACCACAAAAAGAACUCAGUCUGCCAAACUCUAUGCAGGGCUCAGGACCUCCAGAGCCCCCACGACAGGUCCCUGCAAAACGCUCUAAUAUUAUGAGUAUCUUGAACGACGAGCCAGAAGAUCCACAGCCACGAAAACGCUUUGCGAGCCCACGUCCUGCCUCUCCACGCCCUGCGUACAAAAGUCAUGCUUUGCCAGCGCAUUCUAGCCGCUCUGACGAUACAAACCAGCCGUACCAAAGGCCACAAUAUACCCCUGUUGGCUCACGUCAGCCACAAGUGCCUCAUUCCUCACAGCAACAGCAGCCUCACUCACAAAUGAGCUCAAGCCAGGCAUACUCGGGCUAUUCUGGCCACUACGGUAGCUCUUCGUCAGGUGGCUCAUUGAAUCAAGAUUGGGCCGCGAGAUUUGAUCCUCGAGGGCAACAGCAGAGUCAAGUCUCUAACCCAGUCGACCAACAUGCAUCUCGUCUGACAAGACAACCUUCAGCGAGCCAUAUUUAUACUAAUACCGGCAUGCCUCACUCUGCCCCGGCAUCUACAAUUCAACCCAUGGCACAACAACAGCCGCCUCCCUCAAGCCAGCAUCAAAGUCAACGUCCACCUUUCGCGCAUCAAGUGAUGCAGCAACCACAGCCGAUGCACAUCCAAGGGCAACAGAGCUCCUCUAGCAGCGGCUCGCCAAUGUCCCAGCAUUUGCCGCAGACCUUUUCUCGGCCUGGCAGCCCGCCAAUUCAGCGGCAUAGUAUUUCGUAUGCUUCAAAGUCGUCUCACCCGCGGCCCGCUUCACCGAUACCACCGUCGAGUAGUCUAAGUAAACCUCCACAGCAAUCUCCAAGGUUUGCUUCCUACACUCAAAGCCCCGGCCACCAGGUUCAACCAGCUAUGGAAAAUUCGCACCAUACUAGUCAUCUCUACCGACAGCCUAGUGCCCAAGGUGCCCCGUCACAGCAAUACGGGCAGUCAGUACGCCGUGUCCCGUCGCUGUCACCCAGACAUCAACCAUCCCACCUGCCCUCGUCACAGCAUGCGUUGGCACAGCAGGAAAUCCAGUCACAGCGUGCUCAUCGUGCAUCAUUCAGCAUAGGCCAGCAGGCUACGCCUCAAUUCCAUCGCAACCCUCCUCCAGCUCACACCCCAAGUCUUAGCCGGACCGCAGGAAUCCCGAUGGAAAGGUCUUACACUCCCCCGUCUGGGUUGUCGCAACAUAUUUCCGGUCCCGGGGGCAACACCAGCGCCCAUAUGUAUUCAUCAGGUAGCCUAGUGCAUUCCCAAAGCCGUCAUAUGCAACAACAGGGCCGCCCCCCGCCUCAACAGCAACAAACGCAGCAUCCAACCCAACAACCACCGCACUCGCUGCACCAACUUCCUCCAAGACAUCCAGGUGGCGGGUCUGGGUCCGGAAUGGAUCAUCAUAUGUAUGACCGUAGAUAA